GUGCACACACAAACACGCACGCAUCCACUCGAACUCGUGGAUGAACUUCAGCUGGAUAAUGGAUUAACGCAGCAGACAGAUAGCAAAAACGAACCGCAUACUAUUAACUCCAGAUGUCAAUGUAUUGGAAGAAAACACCCACCCACGACGGAAUGACUCACAGUUUGAAGUAGUUGAAUAAGCGAGCGUCGGUGCGGACGGAGAGAUUCUGCGUGGGGUAUUUAACUUCCUUCUGGUACUUAAAGCUCUACCAACUGUGUUUUUAUGGGGAAGAGAAGCGCUGUGCUCGACCCGCCAUACGGACUGGACUGACGGUUGCUGCGCGAGGCACUGGUACCAGAUAUGGAUAGCGCGCGGGAUACCUCUGGGCGCUGCUGCGCAUCUUCAUAAAGUGCGACACUUUGAGACUGACAACGCCGAAGACUUCAUUUGUCCUGAGUCCAGUUGCUGACAAACGGAGGACCAGGUGGACCCAACCAACACUCUCAUUUAGGUUUGAGAGAAACCUCCAAAGAACUUUACACAUCCUCACAGGAAGCUUAGAAGUAGAGAACAUGUGUCAAGAGGUCGCGAGGAGAUGCCCCGCGCUGCUGCUGGCUGUGUCGCUGCUCCUCGUGGGUUCGGGGACCGGGUUUCCGACCAGACUCAAGAACGCUGCUCACAAGGCUCAUGGCCACCCGAUUCACAGCGGUGGGGUCCAAUAUGUGCCUGAGGCUUUGGAGCAGCAGAACCAAGUCCAGAGUCUCCUGUCUGAGCCCCACAGCCACCAGAGGAGGUGGUCCCACCCCCAGCACCGCUCCGUUGGUAUUCUUCCACAGCCCGAGCCUGAGGAGGAGACCAAACCCUUCAUCCUGGACCUCAAGAACUUUCCAGACCUGGCCAAUGCUGACAUCAACUCACAGAACCCCAACAUACAGGUAACCAUUGAGGUGGUGGACGACCCUCAGAUGGAGGUAGAGAUGGACCUUGCCAAGGAAAAAGACUGGCUACCUUCUUCUUCCUCCUCACCCUCCUCCACAGUGGAUUGGCUCGGAGGCAAGAAGCUUUUCUGGCCUCUUUUUUGGAGUUACACCGACAGCGAUUCCAGCGAGGACAGCAACAGCCGGUCAGGCAUGGAGGAAACUGGCGAGGAAGAGGAGGAGGAUUACUCCCUGGAUUACGGUAGUGAAGAGCCAUUACCCAGCGGAGUGGGCGGAGACUGGGAUACACGUUGGAACGAAGGCUGGGAUCCAAUGCAGAGCUACUAUGAGAAGGAGACAGAUGAGUGGACUCCCUGGUCUCCGUGUUCAGUGACAUGUGGAAACGGUGAGAGGAAGAGGACUAAAUCCUGUGGCUACUCCUGCACUCUGACAGAAGCCUCCAAGUGUGACCUGGAGCCUUGUCCUGGUGAUGUCAACACUGUGGUAGAGCCUUUCCCUUUUGAGAUGGAGAAUGGUACAGAGCCAUUUGGUACAGAUGUGGACAGCUGUGAGAAGUGGCUCAACUGUAAGAGCGAGUUCCUCCAGAGGUACCUCCACCAGAUGUUGUCUGAGCUGCCCAGCUGCCCCUGCUCCUUCCCCUCUGAAGUGGCGUACACUGUGGUCAGUAUCUACGAUGAGAACCACGGUCGACAGUUCCGCUGGCGUGACGCCAGCGCCCCCAAGGAGCGCCUGGACAUCUACAAGCCGUCAGCGCGUAGCUGCAUCCGCUCAGCACUUUCCGGCGACUCAUCUACUCUCGCAGCGCAGCACUGUUGUUAUGGUGAUCGUGGCCGGCUGAUCACGCGUGGGAAAGGUGCAGGAAUGCCUAACCUGAUCAGCACUGAGUUUUCACCUGAGCUGCACUUUAAAGUUGACGUGCUGCCUUGGAUUCUCUGCAAGGGAGACUGGAGUCGCUUCCAUGCUGUGCGGCCACCAAAUAAUGGAUUGAGCUGCGCAGAAAACCCCCAUGAAGACGUGUUCAUGAAUGAACUGGAAGAGGCCAGGGAGUACUGAGGGACCACAGCCAAAACUACCACUUCACUCAGAGAGUCAGGGGGCCCAAUCCUAAUUUGAGAGGAGACUGUGUUCUUUAAAAGUCAUGAAAUGUUACAUCUGAACCAUCAUGCAUUAACCGAGCACUGACGCAGAGGAAAUGCACAUUUGUGGUUAGGAUGGUAAAGUGUGGCUGUCUCAAGUUAGGAUUUGGCAGAGUGUCCUGAUAUCAGGCUCCACUGAACUGAACUGAAUUACAAGAAUGGAAAAAAAUGCAGUGUUCUCCCAUCGCUUGCCAACCUGUUUCACAUCUGGCAUAACAACAAGGUCUCUCUUUAUAUUCACACUCUCCUGGGUGCGUGUUAGCAUGAUGUCUACAUACUGGCUUUUUGAUGAUGAUUGACAAUAGCAACAUAUGGUAAACAUCCAGAUAAUGCUUCUCGUAGGCUUUACAUUAGAAAACCAAUAAAUGUGGGCUGGUUAUAUUGAUGAAGCAAACACACGUAUGGGAAGAGUCCAACAGAAGAAUAUCCCAAUUAUGCUGCUACAAUAUAAAAUCCUUCAGGUUUUACAAAGGUAUUAACAAGACAACAGGACAUCGGGAAACCCAAAAGAUGCCACCUGCAUUACCAGUAAUCUACAUUUCAGCCAUUCUUUUGGGACACAAAAAAUGUAGUAAUGUUAGAAGAAUUUAAGAUCUCACAGAGAGGUAAGCUACAAGGAUUAGAAACAUUGUGCUGUCUGCUGAGAAUUCUGAGAAUAUCCCAUUAGCAUUAAUGGUCCUGGAACAGCACAUUUGAUUGAAAAUGUUUUGUCACACAGAUUGAUUUCAUAUGUUUCCUCACAUUUUAACAACCAGGAAGAUAUAUGAUCUGGGUGCCAAAGAGUUAAAAAUCAGAUUUGCGUAAAUCCAGCUCCCAAAUCUCUAUGGCGCAAAUGUAGGAAAUAUUCUGUUCUACAGUGAGUGGAUUGUGCUCAUAGAUCUCUACAAUGUUCUCAGGGGGACUAACUGACCAUGAUAAACUCAUUUGUUACAUUACAGUCACUUAGCAGACGCUUUUUUAUCCAAAGCGACUUACAAUUCUAUCCUCUAAUCCUAUCACAUUCACACACCGUAGGCACAGCUACGGGAGACAUUCGUUCAUUUAUCUCGGCAGCCGAGCACUAUUGGAACUAGUACAAAGUGUUUUGGGAGGAAGAUUAGGAGAAGCGUAUCGGAUGUCUAAUCCUGAUUGUAAUUGAUGAACAGAUAAUGCUUUUUGUGCAGUUUCAAAUAUAAAUUGGAACCCUUAGAACUGAAUAGUUGAUGCAUUGUGUGUGGUAGAAAGAUGCCAUUGAUACUUAAACUGUUGGCUUAGGGUCCUUGGGUUUAUGAACAUAAGUUGAUUGGAUAGAAAGGACAGUCCUACUUAAAUAAUAAACCCUGAGAGGUCAUGCAGUUGGAGCUUUUACCCUAGAGGGCAGGGUAAGGAAACAUGGAAGUAGUCACCUUUAGCAAAUACCUCAUAAGAUAUAGUGCAAAGGAUUGAAAAAAUAUGUUGAGCAUAAUUAGAAUAGUUUUUAGCAUUGCAGCAGUAGCCGUGUUAACACUCUGCACCUCACACAGUGGCAGUGUUGUUAAACGUACACAUUAAAUACCUUCAGAUUUCAGGACUGCACUUUCUAUCCAGUCUUAUUCUAUGGGUGUUCACUCCAAACCUUUUCAGGAAUUCUGCCUCCAGAUGUGUAGAACAUACAUUUACAUUUUGGAAUCAAAAAAUUUUGGAAUUAAAAAGGAAGGCACUUUAUUUAAGAUAUAUAUACACAAAAGAUUUAUUGAAAUCACGACUCAUGUUGGCCAUUUGUUGAUGAUAGUGUUAUUGUGAAGGGAAACGCGUCAGAAAUACUGCAUUGUUCUAUGAAAGUGCACAUAUCAAGUGUUCUGUUGAGGAAAGCAUGAUCUUGUUGUGAUUUCUGAAUCUAGUAUUACAUGGUGUUGUACAGUAUUUAUUUGUCUGUUCUCUUUUUUAAGUUUGCUGAAGCUUUGAAAUGUCUCUCUACUCAACAUGGUGCACUAAUCUGAUGCAGAAAUGAAGGCACCCAUUAUCAAAAGGGAAACCACUUGCC